AGACCCGGGUGGCCGGUGAUGGCUGCGGGGUGGUCCAGAUUGGGCCCGGCUCACCGUGGCGGACUGAAGGCGGUGGUGGAGAAGCCACGCACCUUGUCGAGCGUAGAUUGUGUGCCCGCCCUGUCUGUCCUGUCGACGCCGUCACCGCCCUACAAGCCCAUCUGAAGUUGGAUUGGCUACAUCUCAAGGGCUCAACAGCCACACGUUGCCAGUGGCUACUGUGUUUGACGGUGCAGUGCUAUAUGUGGAGGCAGAAAAGAAAUCAAGGGAUUCCGCAUCAAGUGGUGAAAAGUGGUAAAAAGAAAAGAUCAGGAAGAGGAGGACCAGCCUGAACCAUGAACUUGUGGCUCCUGGCCUGCCUAGUGACCUGCUUCAUAGGCACCUGGGCACCUGCUGUCCAAGCUCAAGGCAUUGUUGAGGACUGCUGCCUGGCUUACCACCCCCACCUUAAGUGGACUGUGCUCCGGCAUGCCCGUAGUUACCAGCACCAGGAUUUGAGUGGGAGCUGUAACCUGCCUGCCGUGAUAUUCAAGUUCCCUCACAAACAGAGGAUGGUGUGCGGGAACCCAAAGGCCAAGUGGGUAAAAAUUGGGAUGAAGUUUCUGGAUAGGAACAAGGACUUUCCAAAGCAUCACCAAGCCCCUCACAAAGGGAGGAAGGAUUUGAGCUCUGGAACCUCCAGGCUUCCACUGUCCAGGUUUAGAGAUCCCACCAGAAGCAGAGAGAAGAAUGCCUCCCUCCCAACAAGAGCUAAUCCAAGGAUUCUGACCAUGUGACCAUCUCUGGGCUCAGCAAACUCAUCUGCAGGACCAAGAAGGGUUGGAGCUGUGGACAGCCCCACAGGACACAUGAAAGGGUCCUAGGUGUCCAUGACAGAUCCGACCCAGGGAGCUUUGGCUCCACUUCACUCCGUCAACUGCCAUCCUUUCCAAUCCCUCCUGCAAGAUUGUGAGCACAUCUCCAAUAUCAAUCAACACAAUAGGGGCUGGAGCUUUCUCCACUGUCACUGUUGCGCUGUAGCCCCCCAGUUCAUCUACAAGCCAACUGUCAAUCUCCUGUACCUAAAUCGGUAGUGGUUCCCUCACCCCUGCCACCUCCUGUUCCUUGGGUAGCUGACCUCAUUUCAAUCCCAUUGUUUUCUUUGGGAGCCAGAGCCAGCCCUUGCCAGAUACAUCACCCAUCUGCAGUCUCUUGUCACUCACUCUGGGGCACACUUGCCUGUGGUGUCCCUGUGAGUCCUUGCAAAGCUCUAGUCCAGGGGUGGGGAAUAUCCAGCCCCCUGGCCGUAUAUGGCCCACAAAAUCAUUAGGUCUGGCCCUGACAAGGCAACGGCAGAUGGGACUGGAAAUUUAAAUCUAGGAGCUUUGUUCAUAGCUAAUUUUUAAGUUGAUGAUUUUGUAUGGCCUGCGAAUGAUGUUAUAAAUAUCCAAAUGGCCCUUGACAGAAAAAAGUUUCCCUACCCCUGCCCUAAUCCAUACAUAUACACCUCCUGGGCUGCGCUUUAUUAAACCUAUAGUGAGACAUCA